CCCGGACCCAGAAGAGAACGGCAAACCUGCCGUAGAACCAGAGACAGCGUCUGUUCAACCGGAAGCGUUGGCAACACAGCAAGAGAAGAGUGGCAUUCAGUGUAACCUCUGCAGGUGCGGAGGCGUAGGAUAUGAGAGCAUAUUGCCAAUCAUCGCUGAUAUCGGCCUUGGUGUUGACCCCAGCGACGCCCCUCGAGAAGUAUGUCGCGAUUUCAAAGACUGGUAAUGAGUUAGAACCCAGUGAUCGCGCAGCGUAUUUGCCAGUACUCCAUCAACCUCGCAUUGGGAUAUAUUUGCCGUCGACGGUCUAUGAAAAGCCUACCAUAAGCUGCGGUUCCAUCCUGCCACGGCUGCCCGUUCAAAGUUUGUAAAUAUACAACGUGACUCAACCAGGUUAUGACGAACACCGUGACCGAAACGCCCCAAAACGCCCCACAUCACGUACCCCAUACAGUAGGUAGUAGCAAGAGCCGUUCC